CCUCGUCAAGAAUUGACCAAGAUUUGGCCUAGAUGAUCCAUGAGCCAUCCAUAUGAAUCCUCGAAGUUCAUCCAGCUACACUGAGAUCUAUACCUCUGCUCGUUUCCAUAUGCUUCGAAGCAGUUUGUGUGUUCAAAGCCAAUGUACGGUGUCGCCCCAGAGCGGCGUUUCGGAUCGAGCGAGCCGGGCAUCCCGGGUUUCUUUGUUGAUCGGGCGAAAUCCGGUCCGAAGAAAGGUAUAGCGGGUGAGAUGGGCGAGCGUCACUUUUUAUCAGUCGCUUGACGAUCAUCGUACACACACCGUGAGACAGACAGCUGAGCCAUGGACGAGCAAGAUCGUGCAGUGGAGCGAAGAUCGUCAACAGGCUGCAAGACAUGUCGUGGUCGGCGGAUCAAAUGCGAUGAAGAGAGACCGAUCUGCGGACAGUGCCAGACUCACGGCUCGGAAUGUCUUUGGACAGUCGACGAACCUCCCAAGAAACGCUUCAGGAUAUUAGCGGCAUGUUCUGCGUGUCGAGACCGCAAGGUAAGAUGCGAGGGCGCGGCGAGUCGAGACUCAUGCGCACGAUGCGCCAAAUUAUGUAUCCCUUGCGAAUUCCCAGAAGACCGGGAAAAUAUUCGCAAUAAGCCUGCACCACGUUCACGACCCAGCCCAUUUAUCUUUUCUGGUACUCCGACCAGUCCAAGUACCACGCCAAAGUCGACAUCUCGUCCAAGCAGGGACGACAAUGCCAGUACUCGAUCACCGUCCAAUUCUCAAUCUCUUUCCCGAACGGGUCUACCGGUAUCAGCUUCGAGGACAGCGCCUCUGACGCUGGAGAAACUCAUCAACGACGAGGUAUCUAUGCGACUGUUGGUCCGAAAAUACUUUGCGACUGUCCAUCAGCACAGCUUGUUGACUUUCCUUCACGAACCCAGCCUGACUUAUCUCGUGGACCUACAUCGAGUGCCUGUUCCCCUUGUCCAUCUCGUUCUCGCCCUCACUUUUCUGUUCGAUGACUACUCUAUGAACGAGCCCGAAAAGCGAAUCCUAAAGGCCGACGAGGUGUUCAGCCUCGGUUUCACGGUAUUACAAUCGCAAGCAUUUACUGGAUAUGGCGCGAUGGACCUCAUGAGUGUACUGUUGGCGAGAGCGUACGAGUACGCCAGGGGGAGAUUUGCGUCGGCCGACGUGCUCUUGGGUAUGGCUACAAGGAUGAUGCAUCAAUUACACCUUGCCAACUUUGACGACACCUACCCACAGACAUCUCCAUCGAACCGAACAGACAUUCUCAACCCUUUACUCAAGCCAGAAUCACUCAGACGUCUCGCUUGGUCCGUCUUUUACCUCGACUGCACGUUGACCGACAAUGGCCCAGUGCUAUACAAUAUCAACAGCGCCUCCUAUCGUAUCCCUCUACCUUUGGACGAGACUUGUUUUCUCAGAGAUAUCCACGUCAGGACAGCGAGCGAGCCAUACUCCAAUACUGGGACAGAUCUCCGACACAACGAGUGCCCUAAUCACUCACACCUGGGUAUCUCUGCGCAUCUCAUCCAGACCGCCGAGAUGCGCCGACGAGUGAUCGAUCUCGACACGUCAAUUGCAACAUCUGCGGCAUCUCUGUCUGAGCUCUUAGAUCGAGUCGCUACACUCGAAGGCGAUGCAAAAAUCCUCAUAGCGACCCUGCCGCCUCACCUCGCGUACACCGAAGACAACCUCUACAUACAUAGCCCUAGACGACCCAUGUUUCAACUUCUGCACAUUCUUCGGCAUAGCUGUUUUUUGAUAUUGGCCCGAGCAAAGCUGCACUUGAGUGCAAGAUGGCCCAUAUACAGUCCAAACGAUGCCUUGAAAGAUCGCAUCCGUCAUGCCUCCGCAGUGGCGGGUAUGGCACUGGACACCGUCCAACUGGGUAUCAACGCGGAUCCGUACAUGGCUCGUGUAGCCUAUGAGGCGGUCGAAUCUCUGCUAUCCGACCCGCCUCGCCUGUCGUGCCCCAACAGUCAGACUAAGCCUACCGACGACAUCUAUGCCAAAGCGCUUCGACAGCUGCUGGACCUUCUAAGAAUUCUGGCCAUCGUCGACGCAACAGCUGCCUAUCUCAGAGUGGAAGCAUGUGCGAGGGUCGGGCAUUCGGGUUUCACCUCGUUGCUGACUGAAGAGGAUAAGCAAGCGAUGCAGAGUACCACCAUCCCCAGUGACCCAUCAUCCGAAUUACACCAAUUUACUCCCCAUCGCGUACAACUGGAUCUAGAGUGGGUUCCAAUCGCACCUGAACGACCAGACCUCGAGUGGACACCAUUGGACGCAGCUGCAGUCCUCAGUCCGGCGACCAGAACCACCGUGUCUGAACCGCCUCGGACAGGGUUGACGACUUGGCCAGAAUCGCUGAACUCCCUUCCUAGCAUCUCCAUUGCACUUCGCACUUCCCUCACAUCGACAAGCUCCAGCAGUCCGAAUUUGCCCACUUCCUCUCAUUGGGACCCACACGAGUCUUCUACUUGGACGGCAGAAGACGAGUCAGAGCUCACAGAUAACUCCCCAGAUGAGUUGCUGUCUUUCAUGGGGCUUGUACAGCAGGCCAGCAAAGGAUAUGCUGGUCUCGAUGCUGUUGAAAGCUUUGACUGGUUUGCCCAUUGAUCUCCAUGCAUCAAUUCCCAUGA